AUUUCCGGUUGACGCCUAUGUUUACAUCAACAGCUGUAUAAGCAGGGUCUUGAAGUUUUGCUUCAAGUAAACUGACGUCACUUGGUCAAGAUGGACAUUUCUAUCUCUUACUUGCUCCUCAUUCUAAACAUAGGUCUUAUCAGUUCAGCCUUAGGUGAUAAUCUUGACAAGUGGAAAGCCCACUUUUUUGUUGACCCUUUGGACAAUAUGAGCAAGAUGAGACUAAAUAUCUCUGUACCAUACAUUGAUGACGAAAGAUCGGAAACAGCCCUGUUUCUCUUGACCAUCGAAGAACGCAAUCACAGCAAGCUAAACGAAGACAUCUCCGAGAGCGCCGAGGUCAAGGUGUACCUUCUGUCCCAUGAGAUAAAGGAGGCUCAGGGCAACAGCAGUAUGGAGUACUCAAUCCUGGCAGCCGCGCCCAUAGGGAGCUUACAAAAGCUCAAGAACAACGCCCAAGCCACUCUCAAAUUGUGUGAUGGAGCAGGGACCUGCAUCACAAUUGGUGGCGACCUAAGUAUCCGAAAAAAAUAUUACAUCAUUUGGAAGGAUGUGUGUUACAUCAUUAUCGCCUUAGCUUUUAUGUGUGUGCUAUGGAAGUUCCGGAACUAGCAGUCUAACAACACCUUCAGGAUAAUCAAAGGCUGAUUAAUUAUAAAAUAUGAUAAACCAUUUGUUUUAAAUAUACCUGUAGCUGUUUGGAAAUAAAAUUUAUAUCAAGUGUGUAAUAAAUAUAUACAAAUAUUAAUAUAUACUCUAUGUACCAAGGUUGUCAAAAGUAACAAUUGUUCAAAGUUUUUUUUAUAUAUAGGUGACUCGGGUAAAGGUCAAUCAUAUUUUUAUGAUUCAAAUGGAGUGAGAUAAGUAGAGGAUACAAGAUGGCACACACAAAUUUAAGCAUCAUACUCCGCAUCCAGCUGCCAUUGUUAUUAUGAUAUAUUAUCCUAAAAAUAGUUAAAAAAUCGAUUUAUAUGAUAUAUAAUUUAUUAUUAUCAUUGUAUUAAAUAGUGUAGGCUAAUUCGAGUCAGCUGUGAUAUAUAGAUUUAUUGUUUGAAGUGACUGAAUAAGAGUGUGUGUUUUAAAAAAGUCACUUAAUUCAUUCAUAUUUGAAAUAUGCGAAAACAUUUUAUUACAGUUAUAUUUAUAAUUAUAAAACAAUGAUUGUUGAAAGCUUAGUUGGGUCGCAAUAGAAAAAAAUAUGGGUUUAGGUUCUUAGAUUAUGGGUGUUUCGACCGUAGGUUUUUGACAACAGCUGUAUAUUCACAACACGUACUUUCUCCAAUUGUGGGGUGACUAUAUCUGGGAAUAUUCACUGUAUAACUUAUUUGAGUUUUGGAAGUUAUAAUAUCGAGAUCUAAAUUGUAAUAACUUUUUUUUCUUGUUUUUCGUGUAGUUCCAACUAGUCGUUAGAUCUUUUAGUUUCUUGCAGUCUUGGAUUUUAUUUGAGGUGUCAUUUUGACAAUUUUAUUUUAUAGAGGAGGGGAUCUUUCAAAAUAAUAAACAAAAGUUGAGUUGCCUCUAUUGGUAACAUGAAUUUCCAGUCUGAAAUUUUUCAUGUCUUUAGGAUCACUGUCAGUUAUAGUGGAAAGUAGAGCUACAUUUAACGCUAAACAUUGGUAGAACAUUGUAAAAUACUGAUGCUCUUUACACCAAUCUUUGGAACUUUUUUCAAAGUAGAGAUGCAUUUAAUACUUAAUACUUCGUAGUAUUUUAACUAUAGAUGUUUUAACACUAUUUUUUAUAGUAUUUUGUUAAUUAGUGAUAUUUGUAACACUUAAAUUUGGUAGUAUUUUUAACUAGAGAUGUUUUUAACACUUACAUUUUUUAGUAUUUUUUAAGUAGAUUUGUUUUUAACACUUAAAUAUGGUAGUAUUUUUAACUAGAGAUGUUUAUAACACUUAAUAGUUGUAGUACUUUUUAAGUAGAGAUGUUUCAAUUUUUAAAUUUGGUAGUAUUUUUUAACUAGAGAUAUUUUUAACACUUAAACGUUGUAGUAUUUUUUAAAGUAGAGAUGUCUUAACAUUUAAAUUUAGUAGUAUUGUUUAAGUAGAGAUGCAUUUAUCACUUAACGUUCUUUGUAAGACCGGGAAGAACUUAUUGCUUAGCCAGGACUGGGACCGAUAAAAUCAAACAGGAAGUUGGCAAAGAUUCAAGAAUGUCGUUGUCUGCACAUAUAUGAAUGUCAGUUUUUGUGCCUGAAACGGUAUUGUAUUAAUAUAAACUUGGAUGCGGAAGUGUUUUAUCAUUUUUACAAGCGCAGCAUGACCAUCAUUUGAUGCUAUCACACACAUGCUGUAACACACAAAUACACACACCUACAUACACCUACUCACAAACAUACUGUUUCAUUUUGUUCCAAAAAAAUCAUACUAGCGUGUCGUAAUCUUGGAUAUAGUAAUUUUAACACAUUUUUUUUUUCUAUUUAAUAUUUGCGCCUACUUUCAUUAUCCAUCGACAUAGAUUAUUGAAUGAUAGUGUAAGACAGUGGAGUAGAGAUAUAUAUUCGCCAACAGAUAAUUAUAGAUCAAAUGCAAAAUAAAUUGUGUAAAUGGUUUACAAAUUGCAAAACUUUGUAUUGUUUUCUUUUGAAAGUUAUAGGUAGUCUUAGCGAAAACCUUGUUUGUAGAUUAAUAAUAAAUCUCAAA